AUGAAGCCAACCGGGUCUCAGGGCGAUAUGAUGUCGGACGUUUUCACGCACAGCUCGGUGCGGUUUGCUGGAGCGCCUCUAAACGAGGACUUUGGUGAUACUGUAAGGCUCGCGUGUGUCGAACAGAAAGUUCUCACGCUGGCUGUGACAUCUGCCUUGUUCAAUCAACGACCGAUCCUCAAUGCGACUUUGGAGGUAUGA